AAUUUCAGGCCUUUGCUACAGAUAACUGCGUAAGGUGACUCACUUUCGACAUGGAGCGACAGGUUGCGCUGUGCGCGGCGACUGCCGUGGCGAUCUGGGUUUUGCAGAUUGCUUACAAGUUGCUCAGAUCUCCCCUUCGUCACAUACCGGGACCUCUGUACACAAGAGUCACUAGGCUUCCACUGAAGUUCUCGAUCGUUACAGGGAGGCGCAUCUACUUCAUCCACAACCUGCACCAGAAGUAUGGCCCGGUGGUGCGUAUUGCUCCGGACGAGGUCUCUGUUUCCUCACUGCCAGAGUUCAAAGAAAUCCAUCGCGUCGGGUCGGCCUUCCUGAAGACCCCGUGGUAUCAGAAAUUCGCCUGGGACCGAAAUCCGGGACUUUUUACCAUGCGGGAUCCCAAGGAACAUGCUGCGCGUAGGAAGUUGUUUGCACGUGUAUUUUCGAAAUCAGAUUUACGACGAACUUGGGAACCCGUGGUGAAGGAGAAAGUCCAGUUAGCAGUGUUGCAGAUACGCGGUGAAUUGCUGCGGGAUGGAAUAUCCGACAUUCUGAAGUGGUGGACUUUUCUCGCCACCGAUGUCAGCGGACACUUGAUGUUUGGUGAGUCAUUCGACAUGCUUCAGUAUGGAAAGAAAAACGAAUACAUCAAUGUUCUGGAGUCCACAAUGAUGGGUUCGGGUAUCAAUGUAGAGCUUCCCAUUGUGGGACUCCUAGGCCGAUAUGUCCCACUUGCAUCCUGCCAGGCGAUGUUUCGCCCCAGCGACUAUCUUACUGAAUAUGGAAGGCGCGCUGUGUCAAACAGUCGAACGAAUAGCAACUCCACUCGGAAUAUUUUCACGGGAAUGCUCAAUGAAUCGGAGAAGGCAAGCAGCAUGCUUUCCGAGGAGGAUGUGGUGAUCGAAGCGGGCAAUCUGAUCGUGGCUGGCUCAGAUACCACGGCAGUCACGUUGACGUACUUGGUAUGGGCUGUGUUGUCGCAGCCCUCGCUGCAGCACGAUCUGGAAGAGGAGGUCAGUGCGCUGGACCCGAACUAUGAUGAAGCUGCGCUGGAGGAACUGCCGCUACUCAAUGCCGUCAUCACAGAGACACUACGGCUUUAUGGAGCAGCUCCAGGCUCCUUGCCUCGGAGCGUCCCGAAUGGCGGAGCGACCUUUUGCGGAUAUCAUGUUCCUCAAGGAACGACGGUAAGCACGCAAAGUUACACCAUUCACCGUGAUGAGGAACUUUAUCCUGAUCCUGAAACCUUUGAUGCCACUCGCUGGUUAGGAGGUCAUGGAGAUGGUUCCGAUGUAGCCAAGCAGGCACUCUCCCCCUUUGGAUACGGAACACGAAUCUGCCUCGGGGUGCACCUAGCUUGGAUGGAGCUUCGCUUAGCAGCAACCGAGUUCUUCCGUGAGUGUCGAGGGGUGCGACUGGCGUCAGACACAACGCGGGAGAGUAUGAAGCCGGAAAACUAUUUUCUGAUCGCUCCAUCUGGACAUCGAUGUGACAUUACACCUCAGUAGACAGACUAUUCUCAGUAGGCUGCACGAGGUGUCAUUCGCUCGGAACACUGCUCUGCAGACAGCUCGUCUAGCGGCAGGAAGCGCGUGAGUGGAGGGGAAGGAGGGUGGUUUUAUGGAGAUAGUGGCGAUCCGGUUAUCCGGUUCGGAAUGAUGGGCAGGACAGGGGACCAAUGCCAAAUGGACCUGCAGAAUGAUUGGGUGGAUGCAGAGCCGAAGCAGUGAGGAACUCCAUGGGUGCAGGGAGAAUAGAAGGAAAAUGGCUGAAGUGGUGAAGAGACUUAGAACUACUCCGUACUUAGUAGCGGUCGAGAGGGGCUGUCCGUGUUUCCGUGCCGUGGGUCCAACUGCAGCUUCGGCCGAAGCGACAUGGAAUCACGAAAAGAAGACCAUUACUCGGUCCAGCCCGCCAACCACACGGGGUCUGGCCGGGCUGCUCAAUUCUCCACCGCCAGACUUGAACAGGUACAACCUUUGGUUCAAUCACGGGCUGCAGUCUCCUCUUCCCAAAUGACCCCCCAACUUUGGAAUGUCCUUCUCAUCCUCUCAUCUGUCAGCU